AUGGCUGCCAGUGGCGCUGCUCUUCGACCUCAUCCAACUUCUGAGCUUGAUUAUUUUGAUCUCGAUGACAUUAUAGCCACACAAGGAAGAGUUCCUGCUAAACUAGAAGUGCAGAUUUACAACCUUGGCUUCUUGGAUCCCAGCUCGGAAGGAAAUGAUUUGCAAUCUGGAGCAAAACUCGAACUACCUCUCUGGCUAGCAAAAGAGCUUUGUAACCGACGAAGAAAGAUCGUUUCAGUGGAUAUUCCUAAAGCUUACAAGGACGGGUAUAGAGAAAUUUUCAAAGCAGAUGCAAGUGUCGUAGAUCUGCAUAGACUAGGGCCAUAUUUCUACGAGUUUGGAACAAAACUUUUGCAUUUUGAUUUUGAAGAAAAUUCUCAAAUGGCUUCAUGUAUGCAAGAGGUAGGCACUGAGAGCUAGGGAUUUGGAGGGGGGAUCCAUAUAGGAAGUAACAUUGGUAACGCUAGGGUAUAACGCUAGUGGGGGUAUUGUGCGGAAGAUCUUGGUACCUCUUACAAUCACCCUUAUCGCUACAGGAGUCUGCCAUGCUGAAUGGAACCCAUGCUAGUCACGGGUGGGGGUAAAGGGGUACUCACUCUUGUACUGUCAUGGUUCAAACCCCUACCCAGUUAUAUACUUUUACAGAUACUUUUUUUCCUGUGAGGGUAACUCCUGAGUCAGUGGAACGUUCGAGUUACCGAGGGGAAAAUUAUGGUAAAUGUACGAAGGAAAUCCAGGGGAAAUCGACUUUGGUUUGAGUUAGUGCGAGGUUUGAGUUAGCGAGUGUUCAAGUUAUCAGGAGUCAACUGUAUAUAGGUUAUAGAGAUUACUUCAUGGUUGGUGAGUGCGUAUGAUUUUUACUCACAACAAGUGAAUAAAAAUCGUACAAGCGAACCAACCAUAAAGUUAUUUGUUUAUUUUGUAAGUACUGAGAUUUCUUUCAAACAAUAAUGACAAUUAACAGCGAUAAGACAAUGAAAUGAGUUUUAUUUACUCAUAAGCACUUUAAAAAUUCAACAUCUUUUCAAAAUUUCUAGACAAUGAAAUGAGUUUUAUUCACUCGAAAGUGUAAAAACUUCAACAUUUUCUUUUCAAAAUUUCAGCAAAGGGAAAAGAGGAAAUUUUAAAGCUAGUGUUAUAAACAUAUUCAUAUCAUAGCAAUGUUUUGAUUCAUCGUCACAGUCCUUCACUGUCACUGCUAUCGAAGCGUUUGGCCUGUUUCCUUUUCCUUUCGUCUUUAACUCUUUCUGUUUGGACAGGAGGACUUUUCUUGUUUUCUCAAAUAGGAGGUCAUUCAUGACACUGGCAGAGUAGCUGUUCUUUUUUAGAUGUCGUUCAAAACUUGCCAAUAGACUUCGGAGCGAAGAAGGCUCAUAGUCUUUCCCAUCUAUGGUUGUGACCGAAAUGAUAAACUCGCUGAUGUAUUCGUUGAACUCCAAUGCUGGAAUUUCUUCAACUUUUCUAAGUUCAUUCCUGGUUCCUAAAAAGAUUUGCAAAAGUUUUACAUCUCGUCAUGUUUUUUGUAAUGUGGCUUUGUUUUCUUGUUCUGCAAUAAAAUUGUCAACUGAACCGACGUCUACAAACCUUUCCGACAUCUUGAAAAUAAAAAGGCAGCUUACCAGUUUUCGUGCCAAGGAUGACGUGGCUUGCCGUACGAUCACUUUUCACUAGUGACAAACAUUGUUCGUCCAAUCAGACGACGCGAACAAUGAUUUUUCACUCAUGAAAUUUCAUCGUUCGAGUCGCUGAUUGGCUGCGACUAAAAACAGAAUGAUUUUUUCAUCACUGCCAUCUGUGUGGAUAAAUCUCAGUACUUAUGAAAUAAAUAGUUAUACUCAGUAAUUGACCUUUCAAGUCCAAAUAUCCACGACAUGCAAAUUCUUCACACUGAUCUUGAUGCAUUUCGUUAAGGAAUUAGCUGAAAGAAUGUGAAAACCUUUUGCCUUAGUGAUUUUGUAUAGAUAUUACUUGAAUAAAACUGAUUUUGGUCACUCUUGGGGCUCAAGGCAUUAAAGGGUUAACAGUUUGCUGAUCAUGGCCGAGUAGACUACGGUGUGAAAAUGCUUUAAAAAUGUUUUAUGGAGUAUGUAAACAAGCAACAAUGAAAUGUUAUUUCUCUUUCUGAACUUGGAUAUGGUCCCUAGGAAUUCAACUCCAGUAGGGUUUGUAUACAUUUGACAAAGUAAGUGGGUAGGAAUAAUUGUGGUGAAGACUGAAAGAAUGCAAAUUCACUUUUUAAGUGAUGUUCUUGUUGCUGUUGCGUCGUUGAAUCUUAGAGUCCCUAAUUUUAACUUUGUCUGUUUUCCCAGUCAAUCCUCUGAGGCAUAGCUGUAGCUUGGAGAAGCUAACAAUUAACAGCUUGUAAUUGAAAAAAGGGAGCAUACCUUUAGAAUAGUUCGUAUACUCUCAUUCCAAAUUUCCUUGUGUUUUGGCCUACUCCAUCAAUUAUGUGAAGAGUUACAUUGUAAUACAUUUUUGUCUCUUUUAUGACCCAGUUCUUUACCAUAUUUGUAGCAAAAGUUAAUAUUUUUAUUUAUUAUAAUUUUAAUGUGAAAACUUUUUUUUCUCGAUUCUAACAGACUUUUAUCAAGAGGUUUAGAAAAAUCAUGGAUUCAUCUCAAAAUGCUGCAAAUGAAGAUGCAUCACUCCUCACAGGGAAACUUGAUCAUAUUGAAAGGCAAGUUUUCUCUGCUGGCCGUAAGGGCAUACGUGAAUUUCUUCAGUGGGAAGCUGGCAACACUUCAAAACUUACAACUUCAGACACUGUGGUAAACCACAAAAAACGCAAAAGAUCUGUGCUUGAAUGA